ACGAAUAUCUUCGUCGUCGUGGAGCAACACAACAACAUACAGAAUACAAAUAUUGGUCCUUGGGCAGCAUAAUGAUUCGGCACGCCCGUGUUAUUAUUUCGAACGCUGUUCUUCUCUUUGUACAUUCGGAUAUCGAACGUCACAACGAAGGAUUGAGUUGCAUAGAGCAGUCAUCGCUUUGUGCUAUCCUUCUUCCGUAUGGUAUUAAAUUAGGAACACCAACAACUGACAAUAAUAUUUUCGGCGAAACAUACGUCCAUCCUCCUAGCAGCCGUUGGUUAUCUAAUCUAUGUAGGUUGUACACAGGUACGAGAAAAUCGGCAACCGAUAAUUUAUUUGGAGUUUCGUCAAAGUGGUCAAACACACCAGCCGUUCUAGGGUUUUUGAUGCCAUCGUUAUUCGCUGUACGUAAAUUUCACGGAUCACAGCAGCUGUAGUUUAUGUAUAAACCUAUAUUCUUCAGCAGCGAUUCUCAACCUGGUGGUUGGACUGCCGAAGGGUUGGGGUAUCAGUGGUAUCACCGUAAUAUUGGCCGGA